GUCCAGAGGAAUGCUCCGUGCGCUCAUUCCAUGGCUUCUUGUCAGAAGCAGUGCUGAGUGUUCGGACAACUCCAGCUGCCUGAGCACGUGCACUUCUGCAGGAAGUUCGCCUGACAACUGUGCAGGCAUCUAUUGUGACCAGGUGUUUUCAGCGUGCCACUGCCGCGGAGCGCUGCUCCGCAGCGGCGCAUGUGCGGCUGACGCGCCACAGGCGUCUUGCACGGGCACCCACGCGGUGCUGCUGAAUGCGGGGACCUUUGCCACACCGGAGCUCAACACCGCGCACCUGUCGCAGGGGGCUUCCAAUGCCUUGGCUGUCAUCAUGCGCACUGCGGCUGCGGCGGCGCUCGACUCAACGCCAUCUGAGGUAGGUGUCCAUGGCGUUCGGAUUGUCACAGACGCGCCUGGCAGCCAGCCAAGACUUGGCCUGGAAGGUGGCGAAGUGCAAGGCAGUCAGCUCUUGCACUUCGACAUUGCCUUUGAUCUUUGUGGGCCACAAGCUGCCAUGGAGGCCGCCCAGCGCAGCAAGGCGGCCUUCGAGCGGUCCCUGGCUCUCACCGCGGCGGAGCAGUUCGAGGCGUUCAAAGUCUCGACCAUCCGCAUGCUGAGCUUGGAGCCGCUUUUCACCACCACGGCCGCUCGAGAGACCAGUACUGUGGAACUGGCGGCGGAGGAGGAAGAGGUGCCCAACCAAAGCUUGCUACAGGAGCUUUGGUGGCUACCCUGGGUGGGUUGUAUCGUGCUGAUACUAGCCGCAUUCGGCACAUACGUGUGGUUCCGAGUGAGGCGCAAGAGUGCGCGAGCCGAGCUGGACUUUGAUGGGGCUAUCUCCUCCAGGCAAAUGGGUGCUGAUGCUUCGGCGGAAUGGAAGUGGCAGAGUUACGUGGUGCGGGUCGUCUUCGCCUUUGACGGAAGACAGAUGCAGGGCACGGCGCUGGACCUGCUGGAAAACGACUUAGUGCAGGUGGAGGCGGAGGUGGACGAUGCCUGGCUUUACGGACACACCGCACGGGAUCCGGACCUCGUUGGCUUUGUUCCCAAGAACUGCGUAGAGCGCCUAGGCACCGGAGCAGGGGCCGCUGCACCGCAGCCGCCAGCGCCUAUUUCUCCCUUCGCCCCGCCAACACGAGGGCUGCUGGUGAGGUUCACAGACGAGUCCGAGCAAGAGAUGACCAUGGAGGUGUUUGCAGCCAGCCGAGGCUGGCUAUAUGGCUGCCGGCCUGGUGGCUCACCCGGCUGGUUCGCAGAGAACGCCCUGUCCAAGCACGACCUAAAGGCCUUGCGGCCACCGUCAGGCCCGCGGCUCGCCGCCGCUGGCACGAUGGGACUUGAAGAAGGCGCGCCAAACUGCCCAGAGGCGCGCCCAGCGCUGGCCCGAAGGAGUUUGACCCGGCAAUUGACAGAUGCCAUCACGUCCACGUUCUGCACGGGCUCGUUUCCGGUGUCCUAGCCCGACAUCCCGACAACCAUCCCUUCACGACUGGAAUCGAGCGCACUUGAGAAACGGGCAAUGACUGUCCCUAGUCCCCACCGAGCGUUUGCAUCUUACCGACAGGGUAGCAGGGAGGUGGCUACAUUUUGC